GUCAGUAUUAUCUCUUGUAUACUUGAAGUACUGUUUUAUAACUAAGCUCAUGUUUGUCGCAGAUUACUGCUUUCGGAAAGAUCGACCUCCUAACACACCAUGACAAGAAUAAGUUAUUUCUUUGUAGUUCUGUCAUGUAUGAAUUCCGUCAUUUCACAAAAAUAUGCCGACCUUUCCCGGAUCAUCCCAUCUCCACAAGUUAAUUCUCUCCCUGACGAUGCGGACGUGGGUAGCUUAUUUGCCACCGGCUCCGCAACGGGCGCAAGCCCACUCACCGCACGGCAAUCCGGUGACCUUUUCGAAACAGCCGACAAUUCCUACAGCGUAUCGGUAAUCCCUCCCGACCAUCCGCCACUUUUGGGUAGACCAGGACUGUAUCCCAACACGCCGCCCUAUCCUCCGCCAUAUAACGCCCAGCUGCCGCCUCCCGGUGGUCCAUUAAUCCGGCCAGCAUAUCCACCCAUCUAUCCCAUGGGAAACGCGCCGAUUCCGGGAGCGCCGGCCAGAUCGUAUUUCAUGCCCACAAAUUCCUUCACGGCUUAUGCACUCAACCGGACCUUUCCGCUGAGUUUCGGGGAGCCGAUAAAGAUCGGGAGUAUUAAUCAGACGCUGGCGCUGGUCACGGUUAACGCGAGUAUGCCGCGGUCGAAACUGGUCAACACACCGUAUUUACCGUUGAUGCCGCAGACCGCGUAUCAGCUGCUGCCGGGGCCGCUACCAAACCCAGGAAGCUAUGGUAUCGUACGUCGAGGUCCACCGGCUCCCAUCUAUCCAGGAUAUCCCGCGGAAGCUCUGGCCAAAGAACAACAAGAACAAGAGCGGUUAAGACUUCUCUAUGCAGCUGAACAAUACAAUCGCGUAGAUGGAUCACUCGACUAUUCCCCACGCAGUGCUAAAGCGUAGAGCACUCGUACAUAUCGCAUGCAUGAUACAACACAAAAGUGAUUGCACGAAGGGAUUUGUUGAUUGUGAAAUGUCCCGGGGUACUUAUACAGUUAUACUCGUACUUAUACAGUUAUACAGUUAACGCAUGGAAGCAGUGCUGAGAAAUAUAAUAACUUAGUUUAUGAAU